GGUAACGAGGCGACUGCCGCCGGAGGAAGGGGGCGGGCGGACCGCCGGCGACGCCGGGCGCGCGCGGCCCGGCGGGGACGCGCGGCUCGCACUGGCCGCCGGCUCCGGAAGGGGGCGGGGCCGCCCCGCGCGCCCGUUACUUAAGCCUCGAGCGCCUGCCGCGCGCCGCCGAGGCUCCUCAGCUGAGCUCGGAGCGGUCGAUCGCUCUCGCUCGCGCAGCCGGCGCUCCGCUCGCCGCUGGCUCCACCCGCCAUUGUCGCAGAGGCCUCUAGUCCGGUAUGGAGCAUACCUUUACCCCGUUGGAACCCCUGCUUCCCACCGGGAAUUUGAAAUACUGCCUUGUGGUUCUGAAUCAGCCGGUGGACAAAUGUGUUCGUCAUCUUUGGAGCAAAGCUUUUUGCCUGAAUUCAUCAGUGGAGACUUUGAUUCUAUUAGGCCUGAAGUUAAAGAAUAUUAUGCUGUGAAGGGAUGUGAAAUUAUAUCAACGCCUGACCAAGACCAUACUGACUUCACCAAGUGCCUUGAACUGCUCCAAAAAAAGAUAGAGGAAAAAGACCUACAGGUAGAUGUAAUUGUGACCUUGGGAGGUCUCGGUGGGCGUUUUGACCAGAUCAUGGCAUCUGUAAGCACCCUGUUCCAAGUUACUUGCAUCACUCCUGUGCCGAUCAUAAUAAUCCAAGAGGAAUCUCUCAUCUACCUGCUCCAACCAGGAAAGCACAAAUUGCGUGUAGAUACCGGAAUGGAAGGCGACUGGUGUGGCCUUAUUCCUGUCGGACAGCCUUGCAAUCAUGUCACCACAACGGGCCUGAAGUGGAACCUCACAAAUAACGUGCUUGGUUUUGGAACACUGGUCAGUACUUCCAAUACCUACGAUGGAUCUGGUGUCGUGACCGUGGAAACGGACCAUCCGCUCCUCUGGACCAUGGCCAUCAAAAACUAACCCCGCACCUGGCAUCCAUAGCUGUGCCUCUGACUUACCUCAUUUGCCACCGACUUCUCGCUCAACAAGGACAGUUCACCUUGGUUUACAGAAAUGAAACCUCUCCACCGGAAGCCCACUAGUUUUCAAGAUAUUGAUGUUUAGAUAACCCAGGUAACACAAAUGCCAGAUCUCAAUUUUACAGUGAGGGAGAAAAAAUCAUUAUUUGUUAAAGUAAAUAAGCUCUAUGACAUUCAAUUGGAAAACUAAUGUGGAUCAUUCCACUAUAACAUUCAGUACUGUUGUUAUGUUACUAAUCAUUACAUUUAUCCUAGAAAAUUUUUUUUUAAUUUUGAAGCUGAGAAAGUUCUCUGCUGAGGGUUCUUGGUGUUCAACACAUAAGCUUUCUUCUGCCAGUCCUUAACUCCAUACCCCAAAGGCUACUUCUGAGUGUCUAUUCAUGCUAGAUUCCUCUGUAUAAUACAGGAAAAAAUUCCUUUCAGAUUGGGAUGUUAGAACCACACCAUUUCACCCUGGCCUCAUUACUGUCUUGGUAUUAUGAUCUUUUAAAAGUAAAUCAAGAAGCAUUGACCUAAUUAUUAAGUUUGAAAACAGGCAGUUAUGUAAGCUCCACGUGAAGGGAGACACAGCGUGGAAGCUGAGAGGUCAGAAAGCCCCACUGACACAGUCACCCCAAGCUCAGCUCCGCAGCGAGCAUGCUACCCUUUAGCGGAGUGACAGGUGAAAACCGCCCGUGUCAUAUUUACAACCAAGCCUGAAAACGUGCAGAGGACAUCUUCGCAUGCAAACUGAAUGGUUUCCGACAUUACUCAGACUGAAAAAGCAGUGGUUCACAGACCCCAAGUUUAUGCAGAGGACCAGGAAAGGAGUUUGACAACCCGUGGGGAUAAGCGAGGAUCUGGGUCUGAAAGCCUGAGUUCCUGUCCCUGUCCAGCCAUUCGCCCAAGUUCCUGAACCUGCUCCUUAGCCAGAAAGUGGAAGGGGCUGCACGGAGGGUGCCUGAGCUUCCUUCCCACAGUCAGAGUCUAGACGCUGACACCUGCCCAUUACCAGGCAGAGAAUGCACUCAGCAGUUGCUGACUCAGCAGUUUAAACACCUGGGGCCCUGGGAUUCAUCCGUGUUUCUAACGAGACCCUCUUCUCUCUUCUUACCCUUUCCUGAACGAUUUACCAAACCAAACGUUGCCGUACAAACCGUGACAUAGGAACCCCCCCCCCCCCCCGCCAUGUUUUAUGUACACACAUCCCCGUCCUGCUGCGAGGGAGCGGCAGCCCUUUCCUUCCUGGUGUUGAGACAAAGCAAGAGUCAGGUUUGAAGUGGAGAAUAGAAGGGGGAUCAGCUGAACCAGCAUGCAGUUGUGAACAGCUUACCUGAGAGGUCAUUUUUAGUUAUUAUGCAAAUACAUGAGAUUGAAAACCGAUGUCAAAUAAAUUUAGUUACCCAUGUA